CUGAACCGACUUUUUAUAAUCUGAAUUCUGAACCCACUCAGGUCUGCCACUUUGCUAUUUAACCCAACACAAAGCUACUUGAAUCCCGAUUCCCAAAGGGAAACCCCAUGUCCCAUGGCUUCUACUUGUUUCUCUGCUAGGAAUAAUGAGAGUAAUAGUAUUGACGAAGAAGAAAAGCAGGAUGAUUGUUUUUGUGUGUUUGCUGAUACAAACAUGGGUACUCACAUUGCCAUUUCUAUCUCCCCACUUUCUACUGCUGCCCAUUUUGCAAGAGAACUCGAGAUUGAGCAUUUGAGAUGUUUCCCUAAUUUUGGAGAGAUACAAAUAAAUAAAUUAAUGGUGAAACGGAAGUCGUGCUUUUACUGCCUGCCUGAGUCUUUCCUUAUGAAGUAUGCUUUCCAGGGUGUCAAAAAAACUCGAUUUAUCCACAUAGAAGCGAGUGCUUUGACCAGUAUCAAUAAAACAUGCCUGUCUGGCUCUAAAUGUCAACAAACUGUGGGAUAUAUGAUAAAUGACGCUCAAGUCACUGAUAGAUUAGACCCUGGGGGCUGUGUUACAAUCAUUCAUAAUGAUAAUGUCUCCGUGGAACCUCUUGUAUCAAAACUUCUUCCCGCUGUCCAAUUUUUGAAAAAGAAGAGAGUAGCGAAAAGAGUUAAGAGAAAGUGCUUCCUCAGUCACCUGGUGAAAGGACUUGAGGAUGGGAAUUUGCCAGGAGAAGAAUGUUUUAUUGGGAAAGAUAGGUUUGAUAUCUUUCCAGAUAAUGUUGCAGAUAAGCAGAGAGGAGAGAGCAGAACAUGUUCAGCAGAUAAGCACAGAGGAGAGAGCAGAAUAUUUUCAGCACAUAAGCACAGAGAAGGGAGGAGUACAUGUUCAAGGGUGGAGACUGCUAGUGAUACGUUAUCAGUGUCAAACAUUAUAAAGAAAUACUUUAAACCUCACGAAGAAGUGACUUCUGACUCGGAAAUUAAUUCUGGAACUAGUCGCAUGGUUUCCCAUCAAUUAAAGGCUACUACAUAUGAUAAUUGCUCAAACAUAACAAUUAACAUGAAGCCACAUUGGAUGGAAGCAACACCUCGAAGAGUGACAGUUCCUCCAUAUUGUACUCGGUCAAGGUCAUUAAUAUCAGGAAAUAAGUCUAAAAGAACCAAACCUGGAAGUAAUAUUGUCCAGGCAUUUAGUAAGCUUGGAAUACUUGCGAGUAAGCAAAAUACCAAUACCUCUGUCUGCAGGGUACGGCAAAAAAAACUUGCCCUCGAGAAAUCAACUUCUGUUGUAAAAAAUCUAGUCUUUGAGAUCAGUGAUAACAGUGAUUGAAGAAUAUGGAAAAUCAGGUCACUGUGGUGCAAGAUUUUUGUUUAAAGGAAAAAGGAUAUGCAACUAGCUAGCAACCGGCGACUCUCUUAUAGAAGGAUCCUUCUCCAAACAUGAAUCAUAUUCAUGAUUCAUAUAUAUGAGGUAUUUGCUCUUUUUUAAUGGGGUUUUCUUUGAUUUCCCAGAAGUAGCUUAGGAGGCAUUGUAAGUUACUCCAACUACUGUUAAUUGUUGCUAUUGUCUUAAAACAAGAUCAGAUUAAGAUCCAUAUAUAACGUCAGGUGGUAGAAAAAGUCAGCUAAGAAUAGAUAGACUUUUGUAUAUAUAAGAUAUUACCAAAUUUUGUUGUAAUACUACCUUGUAAAAUGUAAGUUUAUGUUGCUUA